AUGUCGAAAGCUACUGGCCUUUGUGAUCCGAAAUUCUACGGCCUCAAGAAAAUUCUUGAGGAUAAUGUUGCUUCCGGAAAGGAACUCGGGGCGUCGCUCUAUGUCAAUGUUGGAGGCAAAGCCGUCGUCGACAUGUACGCUGGUUUUGUGGAUGAGGCCAAAAAAAACCCAUGGGCUGAGAACACGAAAACGGCUGUCUUCUCCACCUCCAAGUGUAUCACCAACUUAGCCGCUCUAGUUCUGGUCGAUCGUGGGCUUCUAGAUCUUGAUGCUAAGGUAUCCAAAUACUGGCCCGAAUUUGCUGUCAACGGCAAAGAGGAUAUCGAGGUACGCCAUAUUCUCAGCCAUUCCUCAGGUUUGUCCGGCUGGGAUGAACCAGUUACAAUGGAGAAAAUAUACGACCUUGAAGGUUCGGCGAAGCUGCUAGCGGAGCAAACUCCGUGGUGGAAGCCUGGAUCAGCUUCUGGAUAUCACGCCAUGACACAAGGUACACUGAUCGGCAAACUCGUAAAGGAGGUUACCGGAAAAUCGCUGGAAGACUUUAUUGAGGACGAGCUUGCACAACCUCUCCUUGCCGAUUAUUCUCUGGGUGUUAAAGAAAGUGACUGGCCUCGUGUGGCACCAAUCGUCCCAUUACCGAGUCUGCCGUUCACUUCUAACGCAGACCCUGACAGCGUGCUGGGCAAAACACUUAAAUCCCUACCCCUGAAAGCCGAAUACUUUAACGAACCGCCAAUGAGACGCGCCGCUCUUGGUGGCUCUAACGGUUAUGGGAAUGCACGUUCUGUUGGCACAAUCAUGUCUAUCAUAUCGCUCGGUGGGGAUGUUGCUGGGAAGAAGUUUCUCUCGCAAAAGACUCUGGAUCGCAUCUUUCAGGUAGAGGUUGAUUCCAUUGAUCAUCUUGAACUACGUCGCUACAAAUGGGGUCCAGGCUUCGCUUUGCCAAUUGAAGACGACUCCAAAAUCCCCAUUCCCCAGGGCAACGUCUGUUUCUGGGGUGGUUGGGGGGGCUCCAUAGCCAUAAUGGAUGCCGAUCGAAAGACGACUAUCUGCUAUGUCAUGAACAAGUUGGGUGAUGAUACCGGAUGCUUAGGUACAGACCGAACAUGGGCUUACGUUGAGGAAAUCUAUCGAGUCAUGCAGGAAUAG